AGGUGGUUAAGUAAAGUGGCUAUUUGAAAAACAUGAGUAUUAUGUGGAUAAUGAUAUAUAUUAUUGGACAAUUUAGUGAGGGUGCGUUGUGCCUUUAUCAAUGCACGAUGAAUUCUUUUGAAGUCACUUGCACAGGACUUCGAGACACCCAUCUUUUACAACCCAUUCUCACAAUCCUUAACAAAACUGACGUUACAAGUGUGAACAUUACAAAUGGAAACAUUAAAAUAAUUACUCAGGAAAUGUUGAAGGAAUUUAUUAAUUUGCAAAGCUUGUACAUAACUUAUUGUCGAAUUGAAUAUUUCGAUCAAGAGGCUUUUGUCUAUAAUCCGGAUUUACAGGAGUUGAGUUUGAAUAAUAACGCUUUACGUGGAUUUAAUUUAAAGCCUCAGGAGAGCUUGAAGCGUUUGGAUUUGUCUUAUAAUAAACUAAAGGAUAUUUCCGGUUUUAAAAUAAGCGAUUUUCCUAGAUUAAAUGUAUUGAAUUUAGAGAAUAAUUUGUUGACUCAUCUGCCGGACAGCUUAUUAGAAAAGCUCAAAGAAGAAAAUAGUUUCUAUCUUUUGGCCACUAAUAACAAUUGGAAUUGCUCGCGUCCCGAGUGGUCAGAGAUUUUGAAUCCUAGACUGAUUAAUGCAUUUUGUUCGAUUGAUAAUCAAUUUGAAGCAUUUGAAGAAAAUUCAGUGGUCAAAGAAAAUACAACUAAAAAUGAAACAUACGAAAAACCUAAUUGCCUUAAGUGCAGUUUUGUUUCUUGCAUUUGGUGGUCCUUGGGUGGAAUAUGGUUCGGAGUUAUUCUAGGAAAUGUUCCAAAAAUUCAUUCUCUACUAUUCAAGCCACCGAAAAUGUAUGAGAAUGCAUCCGUCCAGUGCGGUAGGUGUAUGCACCAGAAUACGCCUUUGUAAUUUAAACUAAUAUUGUAGAAACUUAAAACACUUCUAACACGCAUGAUAUAAGUAGUUAUUGUACCCCUUGCCUAGCCUAAAUUAUUAUUUAUAAUAAAUGCUUCUAUUAGAGGGAUUUUAAAGCCAGCAAAAAUAAUGUGAUAUUUCAUCUUUGAUUACCCAAUACUCAAAUUUCCGACAAGGAUAAAAUAAGGCUAAAAAUCUCUCCAAUAUUAAUUUCUUGGCGUUAAUGUAUUUAUUUAUACUAUACUAACAAGUGUUUUAUUAUUAAUUUUCUGGACAGUUAGGUAAAAAUCAUUUCAAUUAUUAGUUCUAGACAAUCAAGCGGUGGACCGAUACAUAGUGACUAGAAUAUUCGAUGCGGAAGCUCGCAAAUUAAUUCUGGUUGAGGAAACUUCUUUGCCUCUAUAUCUUCUAUAACAAGAAAGCAAAGAAGCCAGAAUCAGCAUUCAUAUAAUAUAAAAUCUCAUUUUGAUAUUGUAAUUUAAUAUUUAGUAUCUUAUGAUUUACUUACGUAAUAUGCAA